CUUACUGUAGUGGUGGGUGCACGUGCUCUUUCGCUCCUCCCUUAACUUGGAUACAUUUAUGUCUGUCAUGACCUUUAGAGACUAUGCCUAAGUGAUUAGUGCGUUAUAGUCCCGCGGAGAGUGUGUGAUGAGCAAGAUGGACGGGCGGGAGAUGACGCUACUGCUGGCGGUGGUGGUGCUCCUGGUGCUGCCCGCCCCCGCCUCCCCUCACUUGUGCGACGUCACAUCCGGCCAGGCCAUCAUCAUCCUAGACAUCACAGAGAGUCUUGGCACACAGGUGGACCAGCUGACGUCGCCCUCGGAGGUGCCGGUGGAGGGCGACCCGCAGACGGAGGUGCAGCUGGAGGUCACGGAGCCGGGCAAGGAAUACUUUAUACUCAACGGCCGCCGCCUCCAGCUAGUCAAGCCCUUGGACCGUGAUCAGCAGCUCUCCACCCUCAGGUUCCAGGUGUCGUGUACCAUCCGGAGCUCUGGUGAGGUGCGCACCAUCCCCGUCAUUGUCCGCAUCACUGAUAUCAACGACAAUGCUCCUAUUUUCUCCGGACUGCCUUAUGCUAUCACUGUACCAGAGCUGACACCGGUGGGCACUACCAUCUUCAGAAAGGUGCACGCUGACGACUUGGAUGCUGGUGUGAAUGGGCAAGUAGACUACAGUAUUAUACGAAGCAACAGUAACCCUGAAAGUGAUGGCUAUGGUUACUUCAGUAUCACUCUACCUCACCAAGGCCUCGUUACUGUCAAUCGAUCUCUGGAUUAUGAGAGGUCGUCAGUGUACUACGUUACUAUUAUGGCCAUGGAUCGAGCUCAAAGUGCAGAGAGUCGUCUGAGCAGCACCACAACUCUGACAGUGACUGUGGCAGACAGUGAUGACCAGGACCCUGCAUUUGAAUAUGCUGGAUGUGCUCGAGUUGGCUCCAUCUGUGCAAAUCCCGAGUAUAGUGCUUCUGUCACCUCGGGUGAGGUCUCUGGGGUUCUCAGUGUUAAGCCAGAGAGAAUUCAUGCCGCUGAUCUGGACUCUUUGGCCACCCCAAUCAGGUAUUCCUUCAUGUCGGGUCGGCCAGGAACAUAUGACCGCUUCUUUGCAAUCAACCCACAAACAGGAGCUGUCACCCACAUUGCUGCAGUUGACAGGGCAGUUACCAGAAAGUUUGAGAUUGUUGUUAAGGCAGAGGAAGAGAGCGAGGCCAAAAGGUUUGCCACAGCCAAGCUGGUGAUAAAUGUCCAAGGAGUGGACUCCUCUCCACCAGUGGUAACAGCUUCCUCAUAUACUGGUAACGUCAAUGAAAAUGCAGCUCCAGGAACUCCUGUAUAUGACGACCACCCUGAGCCUCGUCCAAUUGUUCUCACCGUUAUCGAUCCCGAUCUAACUGCUGCUGACGACCUUCCAAAGUAUACAUGGGAGAUGACAACUACAGCAUUCCGUGUGGGUUCAGGUGGUCAGUUGGUAGUGGCUGAGAAUAACUUGGAUCGAGAUCCUCCCAAUCCUGGACUUUAUACCUUCCAGAUUGUGGCACGAGAGGCGUGGGAGGGUGGAGCUGCCAGCGCGCCCAUCACCCUUACUGUAGUUCUCAAUGAUGUCAAUGACAACCAGCCACGAUUACCAGUCUACCCUCCAGUGUCUGUCCAAGCUGGAUCUGCUCACAGGAUCAUUGCACAGAUAUCAGCCAAGGAUAAUGAUGCUGGAGAAAAUGCUGAGAUUAAGUACAGCAUCUACCAUGUUUCCAACAGUGGCCAUGAUAAGUUCUUCAUCAAUGCUACUACAGGAGAGUUGGCCCUUGUUGGGGAGGUCAAUGCUGGCAACCAAUACUCCAUUACGCUACGGGCCACAGACAGAGGUGGCUUAUACAGCCAGAGUAUAUUGGAAGUGAUGGUGAAUCGAGGUCCCAACACUGGUGGUCCAGUGUUCUCGUUACCACGUUACUCUGCUUCUGUGAGUGAAGGUGCUGCUCCUAAUUCAGCCAUUCUCACACUUAAGGCCUUGGACCCAGAAGGUGACCCAGCAAGAUUCUCUAUCAUUAGUGGCAAUGAACUGAAUCAUUUUGAUAUUGGAGAAGCAUCGGGAACAAUGCGUUUAAUAAGCCAGUUGGAUCGUGAAAGUUUGGACUCUUAUAAUAUGGUAAUAAAAGCUGAAGAUCCAGAAGGUGUAUUCAACACUGCAACAGUUAGUAUUUCCGUUGGUGAUAUCAAUGACAAGAACCCCGAGUUUAUAGGUCUGCCGUACUCCUUCAGGGUCGACGAAGGUCAGCAAGAUGCUGUAGUCGGCUCUGUCAAGGCUGAAGAUGAAGACUUGGGUGUUAAUGGAGAAGUUUUUUAUUCUGUACCGGAGAAUUCUCCCUUCAAUAUUGCCAGCAACACGGGUGAGAUCAGAACCAAGCAAGCACUCGACUAUGAGAAACAGCAGGUGCACUUAUUAGUGGUGACGGCCAAGGACGGUGCAGCUGACCCUCGCCUUUCCACAGCAACAGUGACAGUGUUGGUCAGUGAUGUUGGAGACGAGCCACCUGUGUUUUCUCAGCAGGUGUACGAGGCCACCGUACCUGAAAAUGUUGCCGAUUCUCUCCUCACCACUGUUGUUGCAACAGACCCGGACACCAAACCAGUAAUUACCUAUGUAAUGGUGAAUGGGGAUUCAAAACUAUUUAGUGUGGAGCCUGAAACAGGCCGCAUUACUACCGUCCGGGGCUUGGAUUACGAGGCCUCUCCCAGACACACCAUAAUUGUUGGUACCCUGGAGAAUACAGAUGGUGGCCCACAGUCAACAUGCUCAGUGUUGGUGACAGUGAAAGAUGCCAAUGAUAACCCUCCAGUGUUUACCAUGCCGCUGCGACCCAUCACCAUCCCGGAAGCAUCACCCCCUGGUACUUUAGUGGCUACCAUUAUGGCUUCUGAUGCAGAUGGUACUAAACCUAACAAUGUAGUAAGUAUAAUACUUUACUUUGUACUCCUUGUGUGUGGGUUCUGGGGAUCAAUGUCGGCCCAGUCUCCGACCAGGCAUCCCGGUUGGUCGUCUGAUCAACCAGGUUGUUGGACUCUGUUGCUUGCAGCCUGCCAUAUAAAUCACAGCCUGGUUCAAUCCCGCUGGUUUUUGCUGGGUGAUAAUUGGUUUCAGGUAGUUUGUGGAGGUAUGCACAGAUACUGUAAGUUUGAUAGGAAUAAGUUGCUAGAGAUUGUGGCUCGUGAUGGAGGAGAGCCGCAGUUGAGUACCACCUCAACAGCUUCAAUAUCAAUAGAGAGGGCCAGAGUAGAGCCACCACCUGUUGAGGCAUGGGCAACAUUCACCGACACCCAGUUCUCUGUUGAAGUCUUGGAGGAUGCUCAGGUGGCCACACUGGUGAAGAGACUAACAGUGUUAAACAGACCUGAGGAUGGUGAAGCCCUUCGUUGCACUAUUAUUGAUGGAAAUACAGAAGAAACAUUUGGCAUAGAAGUAACCCCUGAGAAUCAUUGUGGCCUGACACUACAAGCCCCCCUGGAUUUUGAGUCUGCCCAGCACUACUCUCUCACAGUAGCCAUGGAGGCCCCCACAGCUCCACCAGACACUGAAAACAGAAUUGCAAAGGUUGAGAUCAGUGUAGCAGAUGUGAACGACAAUGAGCCAGAGUUUAUAUUCAAAGCGCCUUACAAUGAUAAUACACAUGGCAGUUAUUUUGCCUUUGUGGCUGAAGAUUCACAAAUAUCUACAUCGGUUCUGCAAGUUACAGCAAAGGACAAGGACUCAGGAGAAUUUGGCCACAUACAAUAUGGCCUAGUUCCAGAGAGUAACCGGGGUGGAUACUUCAGUAUUGGGCCCACCUCAGGUCUCCUGAGGACGGAGCGCGAGAUGUCGUCCGUGCCACGUGAGCUCUUACCGUUCAACUUGACUGUGGUGGCUCGGGAUAACCCUAAUCAUGCUGCUGGGGAGUCGAUACCUGGUGGUGAUGUGUCGCACUCGACAGCUGUUCCUGUUAUUGUAAACCUGGUUCAAGAAAGUCAUCGUCUAGUACUUGUUGUGGAAGCUUCUCCAGAUCGUGUAAAGGACAGCCGUGAUGACUUAGUAGCCGUCUUGCAGGAAUACUCAAAGCAAAUCAUUGGUAUUGAAAAAAUAGAAUCUCGGCGAUUUGUAGGAAACACAAGUGUACAGACCGACACUAAUGCCACAGAUGUCUGGUUUCAUAUUGUUGAUGCCAACUCGGGCAAAGUUCUGGAGCGUCAGCACCCAGUGGUAAAAAAAUUUGCAACAGGUGAGCCAGACAGGAAGACACUGCUCUUCUAUGUUACAGCAGCACUGGAAGGGGUUCCAGCAACAGAUAUACGAUCUCCAAUCUUAAUGCUACAGCCGGUUUCAGAGGCACCGAUUCCUCCAGUGCGUAAAGCAGUAACAUUUGAAGGCUUCCAAUUGGCUCUUAUUGUGCUGGCUGGCAUCAUCGUUAUCAUGGGAGUCACUGGUAUUUGCUACAUCUGUGUGCAGUGGAAAAGAUAUGUUAGACAUCGCAAUGAAGCGGAUAAAGCUGUGGUAGUUGUUGCACCACCCUAUGAGAGGGUCGGCUCCGUCAUUGAACCUGUUACCAAAGAGUAUGAAGUUCAGGUACUGCACAUGAGUGUCCCUAUGGAUGAUGAAUCUGUACAGGAACUAACCUUGGACUCAAGACCAUCUCAUCACUUUUCCAUGGAUAAUGUAUCAUAUAUCACCAAACAACAGUUGAGUGAUGAUGGCAGCACUGGUAGCAGUAGGGAAGUAGACGAUAUCAUGGAUGGUGAUCAGAGCAUCUCAGGAAUGAUGCAUCAUCAUCAGCAUGAUAAAACAGUGGCAUUAGAUUGGGACACCCCACCUGGCCAACGCCAUCUGCAACAUAUAGCUGCAAUGGCUGCUGCUACAACUCCAAGUGGUAGAAAUCCAGCAUAUGAACAUUUUGCUGAUGAUGAAGAUGGUGGUGAAGGGCCACUGAGUGUUAGUACCACUAAUGAAAAUGUAUUGUUUGGUCGACGUGGCUUGACAGACCCUUCACCUGUCCAGACAACUACUGAACUUUAGAGUAACUGUUAAAACAUAACACAUAGUACCAGGAUAUAGCUAGUGGUAUCUUGGCAAGGUACUAGAAUUUGUUAUUCACUAAACAUGAUGCCAAGAUAUUCCUAGUGUUCACUGAAUUACUCACUUUUAGAUCUAAUAGUAUCAGUGUGUGACAUUCUACAGUGUAAAUUCAGUUGAUUAUUACAAACACAGUUCAGCAGUUCACCGAAUUUUUUAUCAGUGCUGUUGAUAAAAGUGUAGAAUGUAUAGCACAUAUGUCCAGUGAUGGAAGAGGAAAUGCCAAAUUACUAUAUGCAACCCUUUUGUUGCACAACACAUGUAUUUCUAUAAGAGACUUACACAGUAAAAAUCACACACAUCAAACUCAAAGAUAUAUGAGACACCUAUAGAACAUAAACAGAGGUCUCCAAAAAUUCAAGUUUUUCUGCUCUUUACUUAAUACAGCACCUAUUUGGACAUUUAACACUUAAUGCUCCCUCUACUUCACAGCCACAAAUACAGUACAUAAUGAAGUCAGAAUGCUUGGGCUGUGCAAAUGAUGAAAGAAUAUAUUCCAAAAUCUCUCUACAUUGUCGAACUUGGAAGACGUACACUAAACCAGUGUGACGUUAAAAUUUACCCUAGCACUUUGUAACAUGGUACAACAGUGUUGACUCUCAUACCACUGACUCCACAUUCUCAAAAAUCAUGCAAAUCAAAGACAGCCUGUACAUGUCAUUAAUACAACAAAGGUAUUACUAGAUGUAUCAUACAACAGGUAUUAUUACAUGUACAAUAAUAUUUACACAACAGGCAUUUUUAUUUUUAACUCGAGAUUAAAUAAUAACUGAAAGUAUCUCCCCUUUGUAGUAAAAGACAAAAGGUGUCUAGCAAUAAAAAUUGAUUUUUAUUACUGUUGUUAAACAGAACAUUUGAUGGCAUACAUUAUCACAAAACUCUAAUAAUUAGAGACUGAACUUGGUGCUAACAGUGUGUGUGUGUGCUCAAGCUAUUUGUAUCAAGUUGGCAAAUUUAGCAAAAACUAUUUGCCAUACUACCCGUGGAUGUUUUAUUUUUUCCAAACAAUGUAUAUACUGUACAGCUAUAUGCAGACGAUGAAUCACAAUAAUGUAGCUGAAGAUAUGACAACUAAACCUUUAUAUCAACUUGAUAAUGGUCCAGGACGGACUGAAACGUUGUUGUCUCUUCAUCUUCUGGUGUGUGGUUUAGUCUUUAUGUACUAAAGGGUAGAUGAUCUAGUAAAGGAUACAAAUUUGUACACCCAGAAUGAAGAUAUAUUUUUUACAUCUUAAAGUUUGUUUUCCUGCCUAGGGCUUAGCAUAUUCAGUACUGUAAUACCAUUUUAUAUUUUAAACUUGAAUUUUAACUUAUUCAUAACAAUUUUGCUAUAGUCUUAAAAAGAAUAUUUGUAAAGAAUUUCAAUCAUUUGGAAUAUCUUGGCCAUUACAUUCAUAAUAAUUCUUCAUCUUUCAUUAUUCUACAAUUUUCUGUACAAAUGAAACUUAUCCAUCUUAUGCUCUGAUAAUUUAAAUGUUGAAUUCUUGUGUGUAUAUACUUAGAUAUAUAUUCAUUAAAAAUAUAUAUAUACUGUAUGUAUGUAUAGCAGUAGCUGCUUUUUAUAGUAAAAGUUUUUGUAA